AUGCAAACAGUCAAGAACACAAUCGCCGAAAACCUCGGCAAAAUCGUUUCAAACGCUCAUGACCUCGCCCCAGCAGACCAGCGAUUUUCUCUCGAAGAAACCCCUGACCUAACGGGCAAAGUAGCCGUCGUAACAGGUGGCUCCGAGGGCAUUGGCUACGGAUGCACGCACACCCUCCUCUCCCACAAUGUCUCCAAACUCUUCAUCCUCUCCCUCUCCUCCGACAUCGCCACUUCAGCCAUCGACGCGAUAAAAUCUGAAAUGGGCGAGGAAAAAGCCUCGCGCGUAAAAUGGAUCCACUGCGACAUCUCCGACUGGGCCGCCGUUGCAAAAACAGCGUCUGAAAUCGCGAGCAAAACAGACCGCCUCGACAUCCUCAUCAACAACGCCGCCCGAGGCAUAAUGACAUACCAACUCGCCUCCAACGGCGUAGACCUGCACAUGGCGCUCAACCACAUGGGCCACGUAGUUCUAACAUCGCACCUCCUGCCCCUCUUGAAGAAGACCUCUGAAAAAGGAGACAAAGUCCGCAUCGUGCAACUCGGUUCAAACGCGCAUGAAAACGCGCCCAAAGACACAAAAUUCGCUUCCCUAGAGGAAUUGAACCAGGAUCUAGGUCCCAUGGCACAAUACGGUCGUACCAAACUCGCAACUAUCCUCUACGCUAAAUACCUAGCCCGCCACCUCUCGUCCUCGCACCCGAAUAUCCUGAGCAAUGCGACACAUCCCGGUUUCGUCGAGACGCGACAAAGCGUCGAUUUGAUCCACGAGGCGUAUCCGCUCGGGGGUUAUGCGAUGAGUGUGGGUAUGGCGCCGUUUAAGAAGACGCAGUUUGAAGGCGCUGUUAGCACGGUUUUCGCGGCGACCAAGACGGAGGGGAGUGGGCAGUAUAUUUGUCCGCCGGCGAUUGUGGAGAAGGGGAGUGAGCUUGCGAAUGAUGAGAAGCUGGGUGAGCAGUUGAUGGAGUUGACGACGAGGAUUGUGAGGGAGAAGACGAAGAGUGAGAGUGAGGCUAAGGGGUGUCCAUUUAAGACUUAUUAG